UAAAAUUGUUAUAUCCUCUGGACCUUGCCUUUUUGCAUUAGAUUGGAACUUGUCUAUUUGGCGAAUGACGUGCCCUCCGCCCGCACCACACACUUGCUCUCGUUUUCUCUCUCUCUACCAGCCACCAAGAGUACACCACCCCCCACCCGCCUCUGCUUCUUUGCCUCUGCCCCUGCCAUCGCUCUUCCCUCCCUCCUCGGCGCUGCUAGCGAGCGUAUUGGCUGGGCCGCCCGUGACUGGGUGCCAAAUAGGUGGUCCCUGCUCAUGUUGGCACACACUCAGUCAAUGGGUGCAGGAGCAAAGUGAGGAAGAAGAGAGCGAAGGCAGAGUUGCAGGCAUAGAGGGCGAAAAAAGAAGCGACACUCGGGUUUGCCAGCGGUCGCGCGCACUCUUCCAACAUUGAUUCCGUCCUCUUGUUUUGCUUCUUGUUUUUUUUUUUUUUUUCUCUGUGCUCACCCACUUGUCCAACUCUCUCCAUUUCUCUCAUGCAGUCUGAGUCUCAUGCAGAUUCUACUGAACUCUACCUGCAUUGCCAAGAGUUGCUCUGGCUUUCCGGUUGACAUAUUUUCGACCUAUUUUUCUCAGUUUUUAACAGUUUCAUCCACUUGAUGCACUUAUUUACUUCCGGUAGCCCUUUUUUUUGCAGUGAGGUUGCUGAACUUCUUGACACUCUCCUUCUGUUGUGCUUUUAAACAACAACUGUCCUUCUCCAGCUACACCUCCUCUUGUGUUCUUUUACUGGUACUGCACCGUGACCUUUGACUUUUUUUGGGCUACUUUCAUCGGACUGCUACCCCUUCUUUUUUAAUUUUUUUUUUUUCAUUACUUGACCUUUCCUCCUGUGCGCAUUGAAACAUCAAAGCAUUUUAUUUUGAUUUUUUUUUUUUGCAAUCUGCGGUGUCAAUUUAUGAUGAAAGAGAAAAAUGGAUGAAUUCCACCCCUUCAUCGAGGCCCUGCUGCCCCACGUCCGCGCCUUUGCCUACACCUGGUUCAACCUGCAGGCCCGCAAGCGCAAGUACUUCAAGAAGCACGAGAAGCGUAUGUCCAAGGAGGAAGAGCGCGCCGUGAAGGACGAGCUGCUGGGGGAGAAGCCCGAGAUUAAACAGAAGUGGGCCUCGCGCCUGCUGGCCAAGCUCCGCAAGGACAUCCGGCCCGAGUUCCGCGAGGACUUUGUGCUCACCAUCACGGGGAAGAAGCCCCCCUGCUGCGUGCUGUCCAACCCCGACCAGAAGGGCAAGAUCCGUCGCAUCGACUGUCUGCGCCAGGCUGACAAGGUGUGGCGACUGGACCUUGUCAUGGUCAUCCUGUUUAAAGGCAGCCCCUUGGAGAGCACGGACGGCGAGCGCCUGGUCAAGUCGCCGCAGUGCACCAACCCGGGCCUUUGCGUCCAGCCGCACCACAUCGGGGUGUCCGUCAAAGAGCUGGACCUCUACCUGGCCUACUUCGUCCAUACGCCAGAAUCCGGACAAUCAGACAGCUCCAGUCAACAAGGGGACACCGACAUUAAACCACCGCCCAAUGGACACCUGAGUUUCCAAGACUGCUUUGUCACCUCAGGGGUUUGGAACGUGGCUGAGCUCGUCAGAGUGUCACAGACUCCUGUUGCUACGGCGUCAGGUCCGAACUUCUCAUUGGCUGACCUGGACAGCAGUCCCAGUUACUACAACAUCAACCAGGUGGCCGUGGGGCGACGCUCCCUCACUUCCCCUCCCUCCACCAGGUCUGAGGUGGAACUGUACGCAAACCUUCCGCGGAGCUCCACCAAGAGGAAGUCGUUAGACGACAGUGAGAUGGAGAGCCCCACAGAUGAUGUUUUCUAUCCUGGACGCUCGCCAGCUGCCAGCUCAUCCCAGUCCAGCGCGUGGCCCAAUGACAUGGAUGCAGUGCAGCACCAUUUGGCCAGUGUGCAGGAGAGGAAGAUAAAACAUGAAAACGAAGGCGUGCAGUUUCCUUACCAUGGACUGUCCUCGCCUGGUUCACUUAAGAAGCCGGGGAAGUUUGAUUUCAACGCCCUGUCUUCCCAGAGGUCCCCCCGCAUGGCGUUCACACACCACCCGCUGCCCGUGCUGGCAGGAGUGAGACCAGGGAGCCCCCGUGCCUCAGCUUCAGCCCUGCACUUCCCCUCCUCUUCAAUCAUCCAGCAAUCCAGCCCUUAUUUCACCCACCCAACCAUACGCUACCACCACCACCAGGACCCGCUAAAGGAGUUUGUGCAGUUUGUGUGCACUGACGGCACAGGACAGCCGAGCGCACAGCCUAAUGGAGGUGGCCAGAGCAAAAUGCCGGGCUCCUUCCUGUUGCCCCCGCCACCCCCGGUGGCACGCCCUGUGCCCCUCCCUAUGCCCGACUCUAAAACCAUCAGCACGCCCACCGACGGUGGACUCAGCUCACCCGCAUCUCCGUCAUACUCCACGCCAGGCUCCACAGCUCCCAACCGGUUUGUCGGCAUCGGAACACGGGACAACUUUCUGAAUAUCCCCCAGCAGACUCAGUCCUGGUUCCUCUGACAAGGUCUCAUCGAAUCAACAGCUAAAACGGUGUCAUGAAAAUUGGAGAGAAAAAAAUGACCAAGAGCAGACUGCUGACACUAAAAAAAGGUCUCCCUCUGGCCCACAUUGUACAAAGUACGACUACAAAACCCACAACCCACGUGCUGCCCCAAUCCAGCCCUAUUUGAACUGGAACAUUCGUAAUCCCCCCCGCACCCACGUCUCCCCUCAGAAAUGGUCGAGGCCACAAUGAGAUGAAGUGGACAGACUUGUAACGCCAGGCAGAAGACGAGGAACUGUCACACGCUCAUUAAGGAAAUGUUGGAUAGGAAACGCAAAUAUGGCAACCUGGCAAUUGACCAAUUUUACAUUUUUUCUUUUAAUCACUUUUAUGUUUUUUAUCAUUUUGUCGUCUCCACCAUGAAACUCCACGCAAUGGCCCAGGAGGUUAAAAAAGUAUGGUAGUCAGUGCUCACCACCUAAAUUGCGCACCUCCUCUUCUGAUCUCAAAGAUCCUGGUGACGCCCGUCUUUGAUGAUGACCACAAACGCAGCCACAUCCCUGCGUGUUGCCCCACCUCCCUCUCGCGCACCUCAUUCGCUCAGCCCUGAAGACCCAUUAAUUUCCGAUUGGCCAAUCCCCGUGACGCCAUCAGAUGGUGUGACAUAUAUGCACUAAGUGGCUGGUCUAUUUUGUUUACCUGUCCAAGUAUCAGGGCAACUUUUUUUUUCUUUUGCGGGGAGGACAAGAAACGUUAGCCAGUUGAAAGCGUUUGAAAACACUAAGGCUACAUGUGCUCUUUCAUCCCCUCACCUAUGCACUAUUAAUUCUCAUUAGGGAUGAACAGAAUUGCACGUGGACGGCCACAAGGGCGGUGAGGGAAGCCAGAUGAGCAAAUGCUUCACAGGGAUGUGGCUGCGCAUCUAGGUAUAGAUGAACCCCUCAAAUGCAACACACAUACACACACACUUGCAACCAUCUUCCCUAAAAUAGUCUGUCACACAGCCACACCUCGUUUUAUUAGCAUAAGGGAUGGGCAUAAUAAUUAAUCAAUCAUGUAUUGGAGCCAUUGAAGCAAAAUGGAGGCAACUACUUGGCUAGCAACUACAGUGAAUCCCCAUUUAAUGCAGCGGUUAUGAGAGAACGACCAUGUGACGUUUUUUUUUUUUUUUUAAUCUCCCUUUACCACACUUUUAACUCAUUUAAAUAUAUUAAAACAUUUUUUAAAAUAUUUACGAGUGCACGCUAUGUCACACAGAGCUAAAAUUAACCUUUUCAUGCUCGAAUUCUGAUUAUAUUGUUUUUUUUUUCAUUAAAUGAUUUUUAUUAUCUAUAGAGGACAUUGGUCUCAAAUGUGCAGCUAAUUGUGGCCUGCAGGACAAUAUUGAAUUGUAGUAUUAGUGUUGCCCACACAUAUUUUGCAAUGGGUAUUAAAAAAAAUAUAAACAAAUAAUUUGAAAUAAAUUUAAUUAAUUGAUUAAAGGAAAUGAAAUAUUAAAAAAAAAUAAUGAUUUUUUUAAAGCCAUUCGUGUUGAAAUAUAAUUCAAAAUAAAAUUCAUUUUUAAGAAUUUAUAACUGAAAAAAAUUGUUAUAAAAAAGAAAAAAUCAAGUGUGGGCCGUGAGUAUUUUGCUCUGGAAUUUUUUUUAUUGUUUCUUUUUUUUUUUUUUUUUUUUUUUCUUUUGAGACCUCACAUAGCUUAACUGUUUUGCUGCCAUUGAUGGCGAUCGAUGUCCAAUCCAUUUUAACUGGGAGUGGCUGGAAGCGAUCAAAUGAUUGUUUAAAUACACAUAAGCUAAAUUGGUUUAUAAAUGUGUCAUUAUAUGGUUAAGGUGAAGGGGAUGAAAUAUAUUAUUGGCAUUUAAAAUGAUUAUUUACAAUAUUUGCAGUUGUAAUACCAUCAAGUGACAUAUUGAACUGUAGUAACAGUAACUCAGAGUGCCACAGUGAUUUAUUUUGAAUAUCCUUGAAAGACUUUUUUUUUUUAAGAUGAUUUUAUUUUCAAACUAAAAUAAGUGUUUUCAUUUGUUUUUGAAUCAGCUUGAUAGCACGAGAAAAUCCCUAUUGUUCCUUUCACUUCUUUUGUAAGCUAUUCCAGAGUUCUAGUACGAAAAAUAUUCUAAUGAACACCCUAAAAUCCAGUCAUUAGGGGUCGCUCAUAACGCUGCUCUAUAGUUCAUCACCGUGCCUUUUUUUCUCCGAGCACACGUCGCAGUUUAAUGACACAUCCGUCGUGGAACACUGUAUUUGCUGUCUAAAUAAUUACAAUUGUAAAAACUCAAAUUGAUUAAAAGUAGUCAAAUGCCCAUCCCCGUUCAGGAUUUAUUUUACAGGAAGACGCACAAACACAGCAUGAGCUUCAUAUUAUUGGCUUUCAUUUAGCUUGUAGGUUUUUUUUUUUUCUUGUGAUCCUCUUUUGUUGGCAGAUUCUUUUUCCUUUUUUUUAGUUUUGUUCCACUUGGAAUGCUUUGCAUGUCAUAACACUUUCCGCAGUAGUUUCUAUAUAGCACCCUUCAGACCAGGCCCAGGUUUUUAGUGAGUAGAUGUCAACUAAACAGUGAAAACCUCUCAAAAUCUCUUGCGCGUAUGGACAGCACGGUAACAACAGCUCAUCACACACAAUUCACUGCGUUGCUUCACUUUAUAGUCCAGUCAAAGGAAUAUACGCACACACAUGGACACACACGAACACUGACACCUGUCAAAAAAUAUGAUAAAGGGAAGCCUUUAUAUUUGGUUCUCCAAAAUGCUUUUUUAAUGGUUUUUCAUUCAUUUAAGAUUUGUCUAAAUUGACAUUUGUUACAUGUAAAUGUUCACAUUAAGAAAUUGCAUCAUGACGCAAUCCAACAUCAAAAGCCAACGUCAAAAAAUAACUGGACUGCCUCGCUGUUGGUUCUCUUUUGCAGGGAUAGUAAUGACUGAGACUCAGCUCUCAGCCUCUUUAGUAACAUUAGCUCUAUGUACUAAAAUGUUUAUCAAAACAGUAAGAUGAAAGUGCCUCUGUAUUCCCUUCAUGCAAUUAGUAUUCCACUUCAGGUUUUUUUUCCUGCAUGUGAGCGAAUGCUCAGUGCUUUAAACACUGGCCUCGACCGGGGUUUCCCAAUUCAGCACAAAAUAUGUAUUGCUUUCAAGUGACAUGAAUAAGAACAAAAAUGUACUGAAUCAAAAAAAUUGUGCCUCUUUGAUGAUAAAUAGCAGGAGCCUUUUGUUCUGACAAUCUUAACUUUAAAAAAAACAGCCCCAUCCUAAUUUGGGAAACCCUGGCCUGGAUGCAUAUAUAUAGAGGACUGUGCAAACAUGCUUUUUGUAAAGACACAGAGAGAUAUCUUAUACAUAUAUAUUUAUGAUAUAUGCUCCUUUUUAACUUUUUGCUAUAAGCUGGUGGGCAGUCUAGUUAUUUUCUGAACCUUCCUUUCCCGGAAAGCCCUUUGGUUGAUGUCACUUUUCCCUUUGCAGUACAAACCCCAAACGACACCACACACGUGCAGCAGCGCAGCGUUCUAAUACCUUAGAUGAACAUGUCAACAAAUUUUGACUGUAGAAUUGAAGAAGAAAAAAAAGUGUUUUGUUUUUUGAUGGAAAGUAUUAUUAUUGAGAAAUAUGUGUCGAUUGAGCCACGUGCAAUGCAUUGGGUAGAUCAUUGUGUUUGUCUGUUAGAGAUUUUUAAGAAAGCUACGAGAAAAGAGAAAAAAAAUGUAUUUGUCUCAAGUCCAUAAGCUCCGGGACUCUAAACUUAGAGGGCCAUGAUGGAAAAAAAAAAAGACAAAAAAAAAAAAAAAAAACUUAGUCUUUGUAAGUUGGGGAUAAUGUUUUUAUUUCCUUUGUCUCUCUUUUUUUUAAUGUUUCUGUGUAAUCAUUUGUUUAUAAAAAAGAAAAAAAGAAAUUGUGGGAGGGCUGAAGGAAAAAAAAUCUACACAACUUCUCUAUCAUCAAGUGAAAACCGGUGCUCCUGAAACACUAUCAAUUCCAUUCUGAACAUUAUAAAUGAAUGGUAAUGAACAAAAAAUAAGCCGCAUUACUCCUCUUCUAUCUCUCUCUACUAUUUGUAUUCUUCUAUUGAGUGGGAGGGGGGUGUUCCCAGUUUUCUGAGAAAAAUUGACUGUCAGGUCAGGAAAGCCAGCCAACCUUUUACCCGAACGCUGCCUAAACUUUGCCACAAGGAACCCCAAACAUUGGCCUAAAUACACAAAAAGAAGUCCUCCCGUGAUGGCUUUUAUUUCUAGUCGCAUGGAGACGCGCUGAGGCGACGACUAAAAGUAGAACGCUGCUAAAACAAGCACGACAAGACCAUUUUAUCCUUGGGCAGCAAUGUGAGCCUCUCCCCUUGUUGCAAACCCCUCUCCUGCACCCCCUCCACCCGCCUCUGUAAAUGACUCUUCUAGUGCUUGUGCUGUAGUGUAUAGUUUCCCAGCAGUUAAAAGUUGUCCCUUAAAAGUGCCUUUUGUUCACAGACUCCAUUUUGUAAUCCAGUAUUUUGUUUUGUUUUCUUCGCCGGUUAUGCUGGAGCGCCGCGCUCUGGCACAACCGUACGUUUUAAAAUGAACCAUUAUUGUUCCUCCCUUCUCUUCCUGAUAUCUAUAUGCUGAAAUCUGCAUACAGGUAUUAAAGGUGUGAAUUAGUUCUUUAUUGAUAAAUGAUGGCAAAAAAAAGUGUCAUUGUUCAGGUGUCACUUUCUUUCCUUUCUCCCCCUGUCUCCACUGUCUAUUUUCUCUUGAGACACUCAAGUAGUAUGUAACUGUGUGUCCAUCACGCUCGCUCACUGGCUCGCUCUCUCCCGCUGAAGGGCGAGACAAAAAAUAUAUAUAUUACUGAGAAGCUUUUUUUCUUUUUUUUUUUGUCUGAGCAGAAUGCAGUUAGCUCACAUGUUAUUCUUGUCUGUAUGCUUCACAUUGUAUCGCCAUACACAUCACUUCUGCUUCUCCAUUCAACAGCUAAUGUACGUGAACAAAUGACGCUGACGGGCUUUUGGGGGUGUCCUUGGGAGGGGUUUUAGGAAGGGAUGCGUUGGUUCGGGAUGGAGAAAAGCUAAAUUAACUGCUUGGGGUUGUAGGAACGGGCUGCUUGAACUAGGGUAAGAGUUUGCUCUUUUGUUUUGGUUAUUUAUUGUUUGGCUUAGUUUUACCCUGUUUGUUUCAUUAUAAUUUGGAAUAUUCUUUUUUUUUUAUAUAUAUAUUUGCUAUCAGGGUAUGCUGUGUUUAAAAGCUCUUUGAGGACAGGAAGCCGUGGACUUAAAAUGAAAGCUACAAGCACCUUAUUGCCGGACUUAUCCUGCAUGAGGUUGAAGGGAAGGGGGUGGGGUUGCAAUUUGAAAAGUAUCUGUCCACAAAGGAAUCUCUGCUAAGUAUUAUUGUUAAUGGCGGGUUUUACACAGUAAAACUCUCAGCAGUAUUACCCACUUACAGGACACCAGCCAACUUAAUGAGAGGUCAUUGCGCGCGUAACCUUUCAGGGGGUUCCCCCACUAUUUGUCCCCUUCUGCCCCCACCUCAUGCUGGACAGCUCCAGGUCUGUGUUCUCUCGUUUAGUUUGUUUUCUUAGGCGUGUAUGGUUACUGGUGUACUAGGCAGCAGCCCCCUCAUCCCCCUUUAGUCCCAGCUCCUCUACACCUCUGUCUACGCACCACUUCUUUGUGAGAACACCCCCAGAGCUCUAAGUGAAAUGCAUGUGUUAAUUACAGUUUCUUUUCCAUAAGAAGAAAAACACAGUUUGAGAAGAGCAGUACCUGAUUGAAUAAAAAGGAUGUUCUUGACUGUA